GUAAAAGUAAAGGCGAAUGAAAAUGACAUCCUUACCAUUGAUUGCUCACUUGCAAGUUGCAACCUUCUAGUCUCACUUCCAAGUUGCCCUUGAAUCUCACUUACAUCGGUCUCACUGCAGUCACCAUUCCCCCUCACUUAGCUAAGCUAUCAGCAAAAAGUGAAGGCUUAUUUUUACCCACAUCUCUUAAACUUGAUUUUAAUCUCACAUUGGCCUGUAGUUAAGCUAUCAGCAAAAAAUGAAUGGUGUGUUUGAUACGUAAAAAAAUCCAAAUCACAAGUCUUCGUUCGAAGUCUUAAGUCUCCUCACUUUGACGUAGAAGCCGGGCAAUGCAAGUCUCGACGUAGAAGCCGGGCAAGCCUAAGUCGUGCACAUGUCUUGGUAACACCAUCUUGUUUCCAUAUUUAUGUGAAUGUAAUGAGUUCAAGUUUUCCAUCGAAUUAAAACUGAAAGACGAAAACUACUACAAUUAAGAAGAGUAUAUAUAUACUGUGUAUGGAGAGAAGUCGUUUCCUAUUGUCGAGAAUGUUGUCGAUGAUACACUGCUUGUGUUAUGUUUAUAUGAUGAUUAUGGCUAAUUACUUAACUGCAUGUGCAUUAGCAAUAGCUCAUACCAAUUUCAGCACAGAUCAGUCAGCGCUUCUUGCUCUCAAAGCUCACAUCACUAGUGACCUUCAAACGACAUUUGCAACUGGGUUGGCGUUAGCUGCGGUGCUCGCCACCACAGAGUCACGGCCUUAAAUCUCUCGUACAUGGGUCUUGCCGGGGUUAUUCCUCCGCAUCUAGGCAACCUCACAUUUCUCGUUGAGUUGGGCCUUACGAAUAAUAGUUUUCAUGGUCCCCUACCCCAAGAACUGUCUCGUUUGCGCCGGUUGAAGACGAUUAACUUUGGAUACAACAACUUCAUCGGAACCAUUCCUUCAUGGUUUGGGUCCUUCGCUAAACUUCAAGCCUUCCAAUUGCACGGUAAUGGCUUCUCUGGUUUCAUACCCACUGCUAUCUUCAACUUAUCUGCACUCGAAACAAUUAACCUGAGCGGGAACCAACUAUCAGGUAGCAUACCCAGAGAAAUAGGCAACUUAACAAUGUUGAAGGGCAUAAACCUUGACAACAACAAGUUCGAAGAACUUCCGAACGAGAUAGACAGUUUAGGUUAGCUGGAGCAGUUGUUUGUGCAGGACAAUGCCCUAAAAGGCUCUGCUCUUGUACCUGUCCUCAACAUAUCUUCUUUGACCAUAUUAACUCUGAACGGAAACAACAUGAGUGGCAGUCUUCCGGACAAUACGUGUGAGCAUCUUUCGAGUAUUCGAGUAUUUUCUUUGGCUCGAAACCAGCUUAACGGUCUGAUUCCCUCCAAACUGUGGGAAUGCAAAGAUCUUCGUGAAUUUGCAUUAGCGUCUAACAAUUUCUGUGGAAGCAUACCCAAAAGUCUUGGCAAUUUGACCUACUUAAGCAAGAUUUUUCUUUACGAGAAUAAUUUAGAAGGUAAUAAAUUUGGAGGCGUUUUACAAUCAUUUCGUUUUUAGUUUUUAGUUAAACUAAAGUUAUAAAGUUAAUGCAAAUGUGCUGAAAUUGUGACAGGUACAAUACCGGAUGAGAUUGGUGAUCUUCCACAGUUAGAGACUUUGGCACUGGGCGGUAAUAAUCUCUAUGGGGCCAUCCCAUUCAAACUCUUCAAUAACUCCACGAUAAGGACAGAACCCUAGAAGGAGGAGGCAUCAGAGGUUGAUCAUUUGGAGCUUCACUACGCGGUACAGCCCCAGAAGACGAAGGCAAUAAAUGCCUUUGGAAUAAACCCACAAAUCUCUG